AUGAUCUACACUUGCAGACCACACUCAUUCACUCUGGAACGUGGCCCUCAAGAAGUAAAUCAUGUCAGAUAUGGUGUUUUUAGACAAUGUUGGUAUGUUUGCCACCCAACUUUGACUGACGAUCUUGGGAGCAACAGCUUCCAGCUGCAAUAUCAAAUGAGCCAUGCAAACUUCGAGUUACUUCUUAACAUUGUUAGCCAGCAUCAGGUGUACGAGAUGGCUUCAAAUAACAAUAGCUAUCCUAUUGAAAUUCAAGUUGCAACAGUUCUUUGGUGCUUUGUAAACACACAUUUUGGUUACUGUCUCACUGAACAGUUUCUUGGUGUCAGUGCUGGAUCCUAUACACAGUUUACCAUGCGGUUCAUUACUGCCAUGUCAGACUAUUCUGAUAAGUUUGUGAACUGGAGAGUCUAUGACAGUGAAACAGGAGCAAGAAGGGCGGCUGAAUUCGAGCAACCUGAAAGACAUGGUGUUAGUCUAUCUGAUGUCAUCGGGGCAAUUUAUGGAAAGCUUAUUUCUAUUCAAAAGCCCUUUUUACAUGGAAACUCCUGGGUGAAUUGCCACAACAACUCUUCUAUAAAUAUCCUUGCUGUGUGCAAUGCUAACAAGUGCUUUAUAUUUGUCAGAACAGGACAAUCUAAUUCUGCAUUUCCAAUUAUGGAAAACAUACUCCCUCCAUAUCCCAUUGCAACAAGCGUUCAACAAGAAAAAUGGCGUUUUUUGUUAAGACACUUGUACUUUUUGGAUAUCAACAAGAUAACUCUUACCAUUAUCACUUGCUGUGCUCUUCACAACUUUUGUUUGGAUAAUAAUAACACAGCAAGGAAUAUCUCAGAGGACACUCUUUGUAAUGAUGAUGACGUAGAGAUAGAAGUUGAGGAUCUCGAUCCAUUUAUGAAUGAGAUACCUGUGGAUUUGGAGAAUGCUUCACAAACUGUGAAUAUCUCUGUGAAACAACUCCAGUCUGCACAUGAUCUUUCUCAAGAAAGCAGGAGACAGAGAAGAGAAAGAAUGACAGAGGUCAUGAGACCAUUGAUGGAGACCCAGACGAGACAGUUCCAGGCUGACUUUUGA